AUGCUUAUAAGGAGAUUAAGCAAUGCUUUACUAAAGUAUAGAUUUUCUAAAGAAGCAACAGAUACAUAGUAAGUUUAAAGAGUGAGGGCACCAUUUGGGUUUACACAAGUCAAUUGUUUGGUGCUUCAUCCAAUCUUUUACCCAAAUAAAGGUCCUGAAUUAGAAUUGUAUUUGGCAGAGGAAGCAGUUGGAUUAUCAAAAUCUUUAAAUUGGACAUUAGAGAAAGGACCAUUUUGGAAGGAGGAAUACACAUAGAAUAUACGUAUAAGUUAGGGAAGGAAUCCAAUAUAAGUAAAGGUUGAGAAUAAGGAAGAUGAGUUGAAUGCAGAAGGAUGGGAGCUUUCUGGUAAAGCACAUUUAAAAAAUGGAGAAUAUGUUUAUCUUCCAUUUUUAUCAGGAACAUAUGAUGAUGGUUAAUUAUUAGUAGAUUUAUCAUCAGAUAGUGAUGAUGAUUUGGGACAUGAAUGGAGAAAUAAAAUUAUAAGGAGUUCAAUUGCCAAAUCAUCUUUAGUUAAAGUAAAAAGAAUUCAUUCAUCCACUUUUUUUACUAAAGGUAAAGUAGCUAUGUUGGGUGAACAUAUAUAUGAUAAGAAAAUAAAUGCAGUUUUUAUUAAUCAUGAGUUAUCUCCAUUAUAAACUAGGAAUUUGGAGAAGGUAUGGACAUAAUAUGCAAAAGGAGAAAUAGCCACUUUUAGAAGAAGUGAAAAUCCUGAUGAUAGUGAUAUAGCUACUGAUGCAGAAACAGAUAUUGAAUAUGAGGAUGCAUAUGUAAAAGUGUUUGAUCGAUUUACAAUGAUUCUAUAAAUAUUUGCAAAAAGAUCUACAUAAGGAGUUGCAAGAUAAUAAAUAGAAUUAUCAUUUCUCAAAUUUGCAAAAACUAAAUUAGUAAGAAGUGGGAGUGCAUUUGCAUCUUUAUCUUCUAUAUUCUUGGGAGAUUUGAUGAUGGCAAAGGAAGUAUAUUUAGAGGUUGUGUCUGCAAAAUAGAGAAGAGCAUUAGGAAAAAUGAGUGGUUCAGGAGAAAGUGAAAUUUAGAUUUAAAGGAGAAAAAUAGAUGAAAGAAUAGCAAAAGUACGUAGAUAGAUUGAAGAGGAAGGUUAUUAAAGAAGUAAAUUAAAAAAAAAGAAAUUAAUACACACUGUUCCUAGAAUUGCAUUAAUUGGAUAUACUAAUGCUGGAAAAUCAUAAUUAUUAAAUUGUAUAUUACAAAAGGAAGUUGUUGAAAGUAAAGAUCUGUUAUUCCAAACAUUAAGUACUACUUCUAAAUAAAUUCGAUUGGCAUCUGGUUAGAAGGCAAUAAUGUUAGAUACUAUAGGAUUUAUAACAGAUCUUCCACAUGAUUUAGUAGAAUCAUUUAAAUGUACUUUAGAAGAAGUGGCUGAUGCUGAUAUUGUAUUACAUGUAAGAGAUAUUUCUCAUCCUUGUUCAGAAUAAUAGAAACAAGUAGUACUAGAAGUAUUAUAAUAAUUAGGAUUCAAUGAAGAAUUUUAUAGUAGAAAAAUGGUAUAUUUUAAAUUUUAUAAUAGAUUGAAGUUUGGAAUAAGAUUGAUUUGAUGAAUGAUCCUAUUGAUAUAAAUUAGAUUUAGUAAUAAAAUUAUCCUAUUGUUCCUGUAAGUGCUUUAUUGAAUACCAAUAUUAAGUAAUUGUUAUCGAUCAUGGAGGAUAAAUCUAAUUUAAUUAUGAACAAAAAACCAUAUAAAUUGAGAUAUAACAUUGAUGAACAUUAGUAAAGAUUAAAAUGGCUGUUUGAUAAUGGGAAUAUAUCAGGAAUUUAAAAAGAAAUCCAUAUUAGUCCUAAUAAGAAAGGAGAUCCUACAUAAAUAGAAUUUGAAGUCAUUUUAGAUGAAAUCACUUACAAUAGAUAUAUUGCUACAUUCAAUCCUGAAUUGAGAGUUAAAAAAAACAAGGGAAUGCCUCCUCCUAAUUGGUGAU